CCUUCUUUUGAAAUUUAUUUUAAACACAUUUUUAGUGUUCUGCAGGCAUUUCCUCCUUUGUUUGUAUGGUACAGCUGCUAUUGCCUUGCUUCUUGCUGGACAACUGAGAGAAUUAAGAGUUAUAUAUAUCCUAACUGUUUAUUAUGGUGUAGAAAAUUCUUUUCGCAGUUUAGCCCCUCAUGUUGUGCAGGCAAGUAUAAUAAUAAUAUCUCUUUUCCCCUUCCGUAAUAUGUUUUUAUUCUAGAAACAGUUCUUUCUGCAUAUUUGGUUUCAAGAAAUUAUUUCUACUCAAGAAAAUUGAUUAUUUGUUAGUAAAUAUAAAGUUUUAGGUGCAAUUUAUGCUAAGGAAAAACAUAUGACACCUCGUAUCUACAUAUACUUGAUUGAUAUUUAUACCGUGUGAAGUUUUUUCAGUCAGAUUUAUUAAUAUUACAUUUUGGUAAAUGAUCUUUUGAUGUGUCAACAGUGGUUGGUGGGUUCAUAUAACACUCAAAUACUUCUCAUGGUGUUUCUUUCCAUAGUUUCUCUCUUACUGGCUGGUUUUUUUGCAUAUCACACUAAUCUGUGUCUCACAAACACCACAACAAAUGAGACCUUCAAGUGGCAAGACUACGUAAGCUGGCAAAAGAAACUAAGUGAAGCAAGGGCAAGUGCUGCAGCUCUGAAAGCGAGCAUCAGUGGGAUGAGUACUGAAGGAAAGCGUCGAGAGAGCAAAUGCAAGGCCUUCUUCCGAAGAUCCCCUCUAGAGGAUGCUGAUGAGGUUGUAAAGAACAAUGUUUAUGACAAAGGAUUCUUCCACAAUCUCCAUGAGGUUAUUUUCCCACCCUCAUCAAGAGCAUCAUUUAUGCAGACCAAAUCAAAAUCCGACUGAUCAUUGCUGUCUGAAUACAAAAGUUCAUUGACUUUGUUUUUGCCAUAAAUUGUAUUUUCUUCUGUUAACAUUAUUGACCACAGCCUUGCAGUGUGUAGAUUGUAUCAAAAUCCCAAGCCUUAUACAUGAGAUACGGCACAUUUUUUUAUGGGUAUAAUAAUAGGUAGCUCUCUCC